AUGAGGAUCGGAAGUAUAGAACUGUUAUGUCUCUUGGCGGGCGCUGGACUAAGUGCAGCUUGGAAUCAUGCUAGCGAGGAUGAGUUUCGUCGAGCUAUAGCUGGUCACAACCACGCUCUAGUUGCUUUCAUAGAACCAUCAACCGCCGCCAGCCAAGCUCUAGAGCCAGAGUGGAUAUCCGCAACGGAGUCGGAGAAGAAGAAAUCUCUACUAAGCGUCGAUUGCGCUUCGGCCUCAAGCCUGUGCAAGGAGUUCGACGUCAUCUCAUACCCAGCCUUGCGAUUCUUCGACGGCCACGGGAAAAUGACUUCGUACCGAGGCCCUAGGCGGGCGUCCUCGAUCCUCGCCUACCUCAAAAGAGCCGUGCGGCCCACCAUCACACCCCUCCCCUCGGACAAGAAAGCCGCCGCCUUCCAGUCGAGCGACGACCACGCGGUGAUCGCGCGGAUUAGCCCGCGAGACUCGCACGUCCGGGUGCUGUACGAGACGCUCGCCUCGCAGUACCGGGACCGGCUGUCGUUCGGGCUAGCGAAGACGAAGACGGGCGAAGAGGCGACGACCGUGGCGUGUUAUAAUAACCGCGACGGCCAGCAGUUCACCGUUUCGGAUUUGACGCCGAUAAACGCGUUAUCCGAGCUCGUGGAGAGAUGCCUUACGCCUGUGAUUGGGGAGUUUACGAGGGCGAAUGAGAUGAAGUACUUGCAGGCCGACAAGUCCAUCGUCUUCUUCUUCUCACCCUCGCCCGCCGAGCGCGACGCCUACGCGCGCGCCAUGCUGUCCGUCGCCAAGAUGUACAAGGAGUACCUGAGCUUCGUGACGGUCGACGCGGGCGAGUACGGGGACCUGGCGGCGCCGCUGGGCCUGGCACCCGGCGUGUACCCGGCCGUGUCGGUGCAGAACCCGAUGUUCGGGAAGGUGUUUCCGUACCCGCAGGGACGGGGGGAUAAUGAUGAUGAUGAUAAUAUCACGCCGGAGAGUAUAGGCGCGUUUCUGAUGGAUAUUGGUCAGGGGAAGGUCGAGGCUUGGGAUGGGACGACGGUGAGUGCGGGGGAGGAGGGGGGACAGGGACGCGCGCAUGAUGAGCUGUGA